CUCCCCCCGGUUUCUCAUUCCUGCCACUAGCGCGCUCGGCGGCUCAUUCCGCGGCCGCCGCCAGCCGAGGGGAGCGUCGCGAGCAGAUGCCGCGGGGGCCGCUCGCAGCCGCCGCCGACUUGUGAAUGGGACCCGGACUGGGGCCGGGGCUGAUACCGCUGCGCUCGUUUUGUGCCAGGGACCGACGGCCCGGAGCUGGCGCCCACCCUCCAGGGCCCCAGAAAUCCCUGUAUUUUCGGCUCAGCGACCCCGGGGUGCUUGUUCCAGUUGUCCUUUGUUGAGUGACCAAUCAGAUGGGUGGAGUGUGUUAUAGAAAUUGGCAGCAGGUAUCCAAUGGGUGAAGAAGAAGCCUACUGGGGAAGUGGGCAGCCCUGACGUGAUGUACUCAGUGAGCAGAGACAUUCCAUUCCAAGAGAGGUCUGCGUGACGCGUCCGGGAGGCCGCCAUCGGCCAGGCCCGCCACGGGGUUGCUGAGAGGGGCGACAGCCGCAUUCUCCUGUGCCUACCACGUAACCAAAAAUGAAGGAGCACUACUGUUUACAAGCCGCCCUAGUGUGCCUGGGCGUGCUGUGCCACAGCCAGGCCCUCACCACCGAACGGCGGGGCCACCUGCGACCCUCGUUCCACGGGCACCAUGAGAAGGGCAAGGAGGGGCAGGUGCUGCAGCGUUCCAAGCGAGGCUGGGUCUGGAACCAGUUCUUCGUGAUCGAGGAGUACACCGGGCCUGACCCCGUGCUCGUGGGCAGGCUUCAUUCCGAUAUUGACUCUGGUGAUGGGAACAUUAAAUACAUUCUCUCAGGUGAAGGAGCCGGAACCAUUUUUGUGAUUGAUGACAAAUCAGGGAACAUUCAUGCCACCAAGACAUUGGACCGAGAGGAGAGAGCCCAGUACACGCUCAUGGCACAGGCAGUGGACAGGGACACCAACCGGCCGCUGGAGCCACCAUCGGAGUUCAUUGUCAAGGUCCAAGACAUCAAUGACAACCCUCCUGAGUUCCUGCAUGAGACCUACCAUGCGAAUGUGCCUGAGAGGUCCAACGUGGGGACAUCGGUCAUCCAGGUGACCGCUUCAGAUGCUGAUGAUCCUACCUAUGGAAACAGCGCCAAGUUAGUAUACAGCAUCCUGGAAGGACAACCCUACUUUUCAGUAGAAGCACAGACAGGUAUCAUCAGAACGGCCCUUCCCAACAUGGACAGGGAAGCCAAGGAGGAGUACCACGUGGUGAUCCAGGCCAAGGACAUGGGUGGACACAUGGGUGGACUCUCAGGGACAACCAAAGUGACGAUCACACUGACUGAUGUCAAUGACAACCCACCAAAGUUUCCACAGAGCGUAUACCAGAUGUCUGUGUCAGAAGCGGCUGUCCCCGGGGAGGAAGUAGGAAGAGUAAAGGCAAAAGACCCAGACAUUGGAGAAAAUGGCUUAGUCACAUACAAUAUUGUUGAUGGAGACGGUAUGGACUUGUUUGAGAUCACGACGGACUAUGAGACACAGGAGGGUGUGGUCAAACUGAAAAAGCCUGUAGAUUUUGAAACCAAAAGAGCGUACAGCUUGAAGGUAGAGGCAGCCAAUGUGCACAUCGACCCAAAGUUCAUCAGCAACGGGCCUUUCAAGGACACGGUGACGGUGAAGAUUGCAGUGGAAGAUGCUGACGAGCCCCCCAUGUUCUUGGCCCCAAGUUACAUCCAUGAAGUCCAAGAAAAUGCAGCCGCUGGCACGGUGGUUGGGAGAGUGCAUGCCAAAGACCCCGAUGCUGCCAACAGCCCGAUAAGGUAUUCCAUCGAUCGUCAUACUGACCUCGACAGGUUUUUCACUAUCAAUCCAGAGGACGGUUUUAUUAAAACCACAAAACCUUUGGACAGAGAGGAAACCGCCUGGCUCAACAUAUCCGUUUUUGCAGCAGAAAUCCACAACAGGCAUCAGGAAGCCAAAGUCCCCGUGGCCAUUAGGGUCCUUGACGUAAAUGAUAAUGCUCCCAAGUUUGCCGCCCCUUAUGAAGGCUUCAUCUGUGAGAGCGAUCAGACCAAGCCACUUUCUAAUCAGCCAAUUGUUACAAUUAGUGCAGAUGACAAGGAUGACACAGCCAACGGACCAAGAUUUAUCUUCAGUCUACCCCCUGAAAUCAUUCACAAUCCAAAUUUCACUGUCAGAGACAACAGAGACAACACCGCAGGGGUGUACGCCCGGCGCGGAGGCUUCAGUCGACAGAAGCAGGAUCUGUACCUCCUGCCCAUCGUGAUCAGCGACGGUGGAAUCCCGCCCAUGAGUAGCACCAACACCCUCACCAUCAAGGUGUGCGGCUGUGACGUGCACGGCGCGCUGCUCUCCUGCAAUGCCGAGGCCUACAUCCUGAACGCCGGCCUGAGCACGGGGGCGCUGAUCGCCAUCCUUGCCUGCAUCGUCAUUCUCCUGGUCAUCGUAGUGUUGUUUGUGACCCUGAGAAGGCAAAAGAAAGAGCCACUCAUUGUCUUUGAGGAAGAAGAUGUCCGUGAGAACAUCAUUACCUACGAUGACGAAGGAGGUGGGGAAGAAGACACGGAAGCCUUUGACAUCGCCACCCUCCAGAAUCCAGACGGGAUCAAUGGAUUUAUCCCUCGCAAAGACAUAAAACCCGAGUAUCAGUACAUGCCUAGACCUGGGCUCCGGCCAGCACCCAACAGUGUGGACGUCGAUGACUUCAUCAACACAAGAAUCCAGGAGGCAGAUAACGACCCAACUGCCCCGCCUUACGAUUCCAUCCAAAUCUAUGGUUACGAAGGCAGGGGCUCGGUGGCUGGGUCCCUGAGCUCCUUAGAAUCUGCCACCACAGAUUCAGACUUGGACUAUGACUACCUACAGAACUGGGGACCUCGUUUUAAGAAACUAGCAGACUUGUACGGUUCCAAAGACACUUUUGAUGACGACUCUUAACAAUAACGAUACAAAUUUGGCCUUAAGAACUGUGUCUGGCGUUCUGAAGAAUCUAGAAGAUAUGUAAACAGGUAUUUUUUUAAAUCAAGGAAAGGCUCAUUUAAAACAAGCAAAGUUUUACAGAGAGGAUACGUUUAAUAAAACUGCAAGGACAUCAAAGUGGUAAAUACUGUGAAGUACCUUUUCUCACAAAAAGGCAAAUAUUGAAGUUGUUUAUCAACUUCUCUAAAGAAAACCACUUGGCAUACAAAAUAUUUAAGUGAAGGAGAAGUUUAACGUGAACUUACAAUGAAGGGAAAUUGUUUAUGUGUUAUGAACAUCUAAGUCUUUCUUUCUUCUUCUUUUUUUUUUUUUUUUUUACUUGUCAAAGAAGCUUCCACAAAAUUAGAAAGGACAACAGUUCUGAGCUGUAAUUUCGCCUUAAACUAUGGACACUCUAUAUGUAGUGCAUUUUUAAACUUGAAAUAUAUAAUAUUCAGCCAGCUUAAACCCAUAAAAUGUAUGUACAAUACAAUGUACAAUUAUGUCUCUUGAGCAUCAAUCUUGUUACUGCUGAUUCUUGUAAAUCUUUUUGCUUCUACUUUCAUCUUAAACUAAUACGUGCCAGAUAUAACUGUCUUGUUUCAGUGAGAGGCUCCCUAUUUCUAUGCCAUUUUUAAUGUAUCUAUUUGUACAAUUUUAAAGUUCUUAUUUUAGUAUACAUACAAAUAUCAGUAUUCUGACAUGUAAGAAAUGUUACGGCAUCACACUUAUAUUUUAUGAACAUUGUACUGUUGCUUUAAUAUGAGCUUCAAUAUAAGAAGCAACCUUUGAAAUAAAAACAGAUUCUUUUUUAA